AUGUUUAGAGAUUCUAAAUUACAAGGAUACAUAAUCAAGAUUGAAAAUAACAAAUAGGAGAAAUCAUUUCUCAAUCCUAAUGAUUAAUCUUAAUAAAAGAAAUAAUAAUCAUAAACCAAAUUCUAUUUCUAAUUUGAUUAGGCUCAACAAUAGUAUGUUGGAGAGUAUUCAGGAGAUUAGAAUUUCUAGAUGUCUGCUAUUUCAAGUGUGAAACAAGAUGAGACCUUUGAUUAUUCACAAAGAGAACCUAUGAAGGAAGAAGAAAAGACUCCUUCUUCUAAUAUAGGAGAAAAAGAUGACAAGAUUGAUUUAGCUUUGGGAAUCAGAACUAUGAAAUAUAUCAAUGGAUAGCUUUUUGAUAUUGAAGAGUUUAAGAAUCAAGAUUCAGAUGAAGAAGAGGAAAAUGAACAAAAAAAAGGAGCAGGAAAUGCAGGAAUGCAAUAAAUAUAAAAGGAAGACGAUGAAGAUGAAGUAGAAGGAGGUCAUGCUAACAUUUAUAAAUCUAGAAGAACUUUCGUUCAAUUCCUAUAAGAGAGUAGAAAUGUCAAUUAAACCAGCAUGAUUUGUUUUAAAUGGAGUGCAGCUGUAUUAAUUAUAUGUCUGGGUGUUUUGGGAUUACUUGAUUAUGUAUUGACUUAAUAGUUAUUUUCUGAUAUCUAAGAAGGAUACAUUAUGAUGCAAGAUUCUAACAUUAGAGUAGCUUUAGGCCAAAGAAUACAAUGGUAAAUUAUGGAAUUGUGCAGAUUGAAUAAAAUCAAUGUUUUAGCCACUGAUGAUAAAGUAAAAACAUAAUUGACAAAUAUGAACACUACAAUAAGUGAUUUGAAGGAUAUCCAAUCUAAAAUUCAAUCCUCUACUGAAGUAUCAGGUAGACAAGAUGAAUUAAUGACUACUAAUACUAUUAAGAUGAUUAGUAAGGAUACCAGUGGAACUGAAAGCAAUUAAUUAGUGGAUAUCAAUCAAGGAACUUCAUAGAUCAUUUCAAAAGCAUUUGAAAUUUUACUCCUGAAGCUGAUUCUAUCUUUUUCAUUAGAUAUAAUUUGCUCAAUGAUUAUUAUCAAGCAACAUUAGAGAGUGCUGAUCUUUAUACAAAUCAACUUAUAAACCUAGCAUAUGAUUCCAAUGUAUUACUUGUGCUUCUUAUUGUUGCAUGUGUAUUUACUGUCAUAUCUAUACCGUGGAUUGCUUGUGCUUUUUAGUUUGGUGUCUCAGAAUCAAGAAGAGGUCAUUAAGUUGUUCUUAGAGAUACCUUUAGCUAAAGUUAAGCAAUUGUUCGCUAAGUGUGAAGCCUUUUCGAAUACUCUAUAAAUAGGUGAAGAUGAAGACGCAAAUCAAGAGAAUGAUGUAUCAUUUGAGGAAAACGAGGAAGGAGAAGGAGUGGUGGAAGAAUUUGGAAGAAGAAAGAAAAGAAAGAAGUACAAGUAUGAUUCCAAAGAUAAACGUAACUUUUACAUUAAAUUCAUCAUUUCCAUGGGAUUGUUGAUUGCUUAUUUUAUUGCUCAUUAUCUUAUUGGUGCUAAUUUACAAAGUUCUAUGUAAUAACUAAUUCAGGAAAUGAAUGCCACUUCACUUGCAGUACCUUCAAUCACUUUUGCUAAUAAUGUGUUUAGACAAAUGUUGUGGGAUUCUGCCUUCCCUGUUAAAAAUAAUGUUUCAAAGACUAUUUCUGCAGACUUUGUAAAAGAUUUAUACAACCUUAAUACUAACAUGCAAAAGGAUCAUUCAUUAAAUUUGGGUUAUCACAAUACUCUUUACAACGAUUACUUUGAUUCAAUCAUGAAAGCGGGAGCCUGUGCUUAAGUCAUCCAAGUUGCUCCUGUGGAUUUGGCUAUCUUGCUAAGCAUUCGUCAAAGGAAUUGUAGAUGA